AUGAAAUACGCAGAACGGCUCGCCUGCGAGAGCAAGUGGAGUCAGGCUACGUACCGGUACCUCAAAGCUGCUUUGCUUUUACAAUUCAUGGACGAAGAGGCUCAAGCUGGUUGUGAUAUAUCUGAUGCAACAUUCGCCUCUCUCCACGAACGACGGCUUUCGCCAGUAUCUCUUUCGGGAUACGUUCAGAAUAAGGAGGUGCCCAAGGAGCGCGAGGUAACUAACGAUGCGGACGGUGGAACAAUGUCUCUUCAUGUGGAGAAGUUGCUUGAGUAA